GGAGGCGGACAGGUGGGUGUAGAUCCUAAAGGACCAAUCACAGUCGCUCGUCCGGCCAGUACUUAUCUGCACCCGGGGGUGCAGGACACUGAUUUGGUGACCUGAGGCCCAUCUACAAUCACAACAUGACAAGCUACACAGAUAAAGGCGAGAAGCAUGCACGGGGGAAGUUUGUCAGGUUUCAUCAUAUCACCUUCUGGGUCGGCAAUGCCAAACAGGCAGCCUCGUUCUACUGUGAUAAGAUGGGCUUCGAGGCGUGGGCCUAUAAGGGUCUGGAGACCGGCAGCCGAGAGGUGGUGUCUCACGUCAUCAGACAGGAUAAGAUAGUAUUUGUGUUUGAAUCGCCACUUAACCCUGGAAAUGAAGAGAUGGGAGAACACUUGAUUAAGCAUGGAGAUGGAGUCAAAGACAUCGCUUUCCAAGUGGAGGACUGUGACUUUUUAAUCAAGACGGCUCAAGAGCGAGGAGCAGUAAUCGUCAAGGAGCCGUGGGUGGAGCAGGACAGCCAGGGCAGGGUCAAGUAUGCUGUGAUUCAAACGUAUGGAGAUACAACACACACACUCAUUGAGUACCUCAGUCCAUACAAAGGCCUUUUCCUGCCAGGCUACAAAGAGCCUCUGUUUAGAAAUCCUCUGUUAGCCACACUUCCACCAGGAGGUUUGAGCUUCAUCGAUCACGUAGUGGGAAACCAGCCAGAUGACCAAAUGGUGCCAGUUUCAGACUGGUAUCAGAAGUGUUUGCUGUUCCAUCGGUUCUGGUCAAUAGACGACUCGCAGAUCCACACGCAAUACAGCUCACUGAGGUCCAUAGUGGUGACCAACUACGAAGAGACCAUCAAGAUGCCCAUCAAUGAACCUGCAAUGGGGCAAAAAAUCUCACAAAUCCAGGAAUACGUGGACUACAACGGGGGACCAGGUGUUCAGCAUAUCGCCCUCAACACAUCAAAUAUUAUCCAAGCCGUAGUGAACCUGCGCGCAAGAGGGAUGGAGUUCCUCUCGGCACCUGACUUGUACUACGACACCCUCCGGAGGAAUCUCAAAGCCGCCAAGAUCAAGGUGAAGGAGGACCUCGACCGCUUACAGGAAUUGAAAAUCUUAGUUGAUUUUGAUGACGAGGGCUACCUCCUUCAAAUCUUCACCAAGCCUGUGCAGGACAGACCAACCCUUUUCCUGGAGGUUAUUCAGCGGAACAACCACUUUGGUUUCGGGGCAGGGAACUUCAAGUCUCUCUUUGAGGCCAUUGAGAAGGACCAAGACGCCAGGGGCAACCUCACUGUGCUGACACCCACAGGGCAGGCCAAAGCCUUCAACUGAUCCUCCGACUGCUGCUGCCAAACCACACUUACACUGUUAUAUACAUGCAUAUAUAAAGCUGUGCAUCUCAUGGCAAUCAACAACACAGUACAUCAAACACAAGCGUUGAAUAUCUUCGUGUGGCAAGCUGCAAGUGUUAUCAGAUAUGCUUUAAGUUGUCUAUAGAUUGCCUGCUGUAUGACUAAA